AUGUUGACGCUCUUCUUUCUGCUACGCAGUCAAAGGCAGCUUCAUACGCGCGCGCCAGUGCCUGUUUCUGAUGCCAAUGAGGCGGUGGAUGAGCCGAGGCCUAUUGAACGUCUACCGCGAGCGAUACAGGAGCCGCUGGCCAAGCCGCCCAAGACAUCAAAACGAGCGAAUGCAGCCAUUGUUAUGCUUGUUCGCAACUCUGAACUCGAAAAUGCCAUCAGCAGCAUCAAAGACCAUGAACGCACAUUCAACAGCAAGUUUGAGUACCCAUGGAUCUUCUUCAAUGACGAGCCUUUCACUGAAGAGUUCAAAAAGAGCACGUCUGCCUUGACAAAAUCGAAAACGAGCUAUGAACUCAUCCCCAAGGAGCAUUGGGAUGUACCCGAGUGGAUUGAUCGCGAAGUGCUGGCAGAAUCCUUUGCGAAGCUCGAACACGACGACGUCAAGUACCAUCACCUGCUGAGCUAUCGACAAAUGUGUCGUUGGAACUCUGGCUUCUUCUUCAAGCACCCGGCCCUUGAACAUAUCAAGUGGUACUGGCGUGUUGAGCCGGAGGUGCACUUCUUUUGUGAUAUUGACUAUGAUGUCUUUCAAUUCAUGGAGAUGCAUGAGAAGACGUACGGUUUUGUGAUUUCGCUGUAUGACUCGCCAAAGUCCAUCCGGACGCUUUGGCCAACAGUGGAGAAGUUUAUGUCGAAGCAUCCAGAGUACCUGCAUGCCAACAACUCUCUCCAUUGGCUACAAGACGAUGCGCGGCAACAUCAUCAUCGGAUUGCAAACGGCUACAGUACGUGUCACUUCUGGACCAACUUUGAGAUUGCCAAUAUGGAGUUUUGGCGAAGCAAACCGUACCAAGACUUUUUCGCUGCAUUGGAUGCGUCUGGUGGUUUCAUGUAUGAGCGUUGGGGCGAUGCACCGGUGCACAGUAUUGCCAUGGGAUUGAUGGAGGAUAAGCACAAGAUUCACUUCUUUGAUGAUAUCGGGUAUCAGCACAUCCCCUUCUUUUCCUGCCCAACAGAUCGGCAGUGCAGCGGGUGUGAUUAUCAGUUGACGGAUGCGCCUGGUACGGGCCUGGAUAAUGAGGACUGUAAGCCCGUCUGGUUUGAUAAUGUGGAGCGCCCGUCAAAGAAGUCGUUCACGUAA